CGCGCGGUGUUUUGCUGCGGCUUUGCCGUUGACGGGACGACUGAGCUACCUGAGGCGCGGGGGGGAGCGCUUCUCACGCUGCCGUUUCUGCGAGGAAAGCAGAGUUGAGGGAGCAGAACAGAAGAAGGAAAGAAGAAGAAGAAGAAGUAGAGGAACACCUGUCAGCUGCUGGCGGGGCUCGGGGUGCUAUGAUGAAGAAUGACGGGGGAGUUAUUCUCUUCUGGUUGCUGCUUUUAUUUACGUUGUACGCAAGAGGAAAAAGCUAUAGCGUGCCAGGAAAGCCAACACUGACCAGAUGUCGUUCCCCUGAAAAAGAGACCUUCACCUGUUGGUGGGAGCCAAGUUCUGAUGGAGGUCUGCCUACCACCUACAAACUCUACUACCGCAAAGAGGACUCUGAUGUAGAAUAUGAAUGCCAAGACUACCGCACAGGUGGGAAGAACUCGUGCUUCUUCAACAAGAACUACACGUCCAUCUGGGUCAACUACAACAUCACCAUCGUUGCCAUCAACGCUUUGGGCCAGACCUUUUCAGACCCAGUUGACAUCGAUGUUUAUUAUAUUGUGGAGCCCAAUCCUCCAGAGAACCUAAACGUGACCAUCCAGAAUGACAAAGGUUGGCCCUUUCUGCGAGCAUCAUGGGACCCGCCGAAAAAAGCUGACACCCGCUCGGGUUGGAUCACGCUCAUCUAUGAGCUGCGCAUUAAGCUGGAGGAAGAGGAUGAAUGGGAGAUUCGCGACGUGGGCCAGCAGAAGGUGUUUAAUAUUUACGGCUUGCAGUCAGAGGGCACAUACGUCGUUCAGAUUCGCUGUAGGCCUGAUCAUGGCUUUUGGAGUGAAUGGAGUGCCGACGUCCAAGUCAAAGUUCCUAACUAUUUACGUCGCAACAGGUCCACCUGGAUAAUGAUUAUAGUUUUCUCUGCUGUAGUCUUUCUCAUCUUGAGCUGGUUAUUACACAUCAACAGUCGGAAUUUGAAGCACUGCCUUCUUCCACCGGUCCCUGGUCCGAAAAUUAAAGGAUUUGAUAAAAAGCUUCACAAGAGUGGAAAGUCGCUGGAUGCCUUCAAGUCACUUGACGUGCCUGAUUUUCCCCACCACACAUUCUCAAAGUCUGAGGAUUUGCUUGUGGAGUUCAUAGAAGUCUACGUUCCUGAGGAGCAGGAGCUGAUGCUGGAAAAGAGCAAUGAUCUACACGACGGCUGUCUGAAAUCUGAGAGCUCAGUGUCUGACUGUGAUUCUGGGCGAGGCAGCUGCGACAGUCACACUCUGCUUUUGGAUAAAAGUGGACAGCAAACAGAUACCCAGGACAGUCAAAUAGAUGAGCAAAGGCUCGGGGAAGAUCUGCAGGAUGAGAAGCUGUCCUAUGCUCACCAAGACAUGGUUAGCCCUGAUAUGUCAGCUGGAAGGGUGAAGACGUGGCCUUCUGUCUUCUCUCCUCUGCCUCAGAACCGGUCUACCUCGGCGGAUCAAGCUAGCUCUCUCGAGAUGGCCAAGCAGCACUGUCUUUCAGACAGCCUGCUCCCUUCAGAGUUUUUAACCUCCUACCAUUCUCUGUCUGGCCAUGGCACCCGGGAUCAUCUAGGAUCAAACUACUGGGAGUUUAACUUUGGCAACAAGCGACCUAACCUGACACAACCCCAAACAGAAGCCCGUCACCAGGCCCACAGCGAAAUCAACAUCUUCACCACCGGCGUAAAAGCAGAACCCACAGCUCUGAAGUUCCCCACUCCCCGAUCCAGUGAUUACGUGGAGGUGCAGAGGGUUAACGAGGAAGAUAGCAUCGUUCUCCGUCCAGUUGGCUCAAACUAUGACAAACACUUUGAAAUCCAGCAAGGAGAGGAGUACAGCAGGGUGAAGGGGGUGGACAGUGACAAUGUGCUCCUCCUGCUUCAGAAAGAGGCAAUGGAAGAAGAGAUGGACAUGUGCCCCUGUGAGCAGUUGAGUGGCACAACGGAGGCCCACUACACAAAAUUUUCCACCAGUCCAGAGAAACCCACAGCCUACACACAUCCUACACCACAACCUCUGGAGGAAAGGGUAGUUAAUGGUUAUGUUGACACUGCCACUAUGUUCACCAUGCCUCCUUACUAGAUGCAGAGAAAGCACAUACGACAACAACAAAAAGGUAGUCCCAGACGCAUUGAGUCCUUGGGACUGAAACAAAAACAUUGAGGCUGUCGCUAAGCCCGUUCCAGCAUGUCAAUGCCUUUACUCACCAUCGAAAUAUAAUAGUAGGUAUUACCUAGUAAACAGAGUUGUCGUCUCUGCACCUUGAUUAUUGUACAGUAUAGAGAAAUGCAGGGAAUUCCCUAAUGCUACGUUCACACCGGGCAUGUGUUCAAGAAUGCGAUGAACACAGGUGUUUAAACAUGCUUUUACCCUUGACCCUCUUAUGGGGUCCAGAUGAUCCACCCUUUCAUUGAUGUGUGAUCCCUUCUAUGACAAAGGUGGACAGGGUUUUAUAUCUACCACAGACACCAGUGAAGAUAAAAAAUAUUUGAAAAAAAGUUCAGCGCGCUGUCUUGUGAGGUCCAGAAGGAUAGCACAGGGGUUACGCAAAUGGUGUUCAUACUGGACCGUUGCUACCCGAUAAUACAGCACAUUCUCACUUCCAACUCGUCACAUGUUAAAUUUUGGUUAAGGAUACCUCCGCGUCAAAAAUUGGCACGUUGGGUGACCCCAACUCUUUGUUUCUUGAUGUGCAGGCUGUUCCCAUUAAAUCACGGAUCCCCAACCUACGGGCUGCGAACCAGAACCGAUCCAGCACCAGGAUGUGGAACGUAUCGGUACCCUAACCCAGUACUGGUUCGCGUCCGGGCCCUGUUCAUGCCUGGUAUCAUGUCUGGUACCGAUACGGCAAUGCGUUUUGGUACUAUCCUAUGCCAGGAUAGGGUAAGGAUACCAGUGCUGGGUUAAGGUACCGGUGCAAGGUGCAAAGGGUUGCGCUCCUUGGUUUUUCAAACAGCCAGCAUGUCAAAAAAUGACAAGUUGGGGACACCCAACACGUCAAAAAGUGGAGGAGUUUUUAACUAUGCGUCAGUUGGGAAUGAGAACGUGUUGGAUAUCAGCACUUGUACCUAAAGUUGGAAGAGACUUGGUCGAAGUAGUGCAACUCUUGUUGCAAGCUUUUUCUUUCACAGCUCUAUUCCAAUUUAUGGAAGAUUUGGCGUCAAAAAUCAUAAUUAUUCAUUUCUCCUCCAUGAUCAAUUUCUUAAACGGUUGGCACUUCCGUGAACUAAAAAAGCUGUUACUCGUAAGUCACUACAAAAUUCAGCUAGUUCAACUUUCAACACAUAUUCAGUUAAAUUUUGUACAGAGAGCCCAUAAAUUGUCUUAAAAAAAAUGCACGUACUGAUCCAUUAACAUGAGAGUUUUGAAGCUUAAAAUGUGCUUUUUCAUAGACAUUGGAACACAAUGUGAACGUAGCAUUAAACAGCACAAAAGUUUAGAAGAAAUCCAUUGUAAAGUAGUGUCAGGUAUUUGCUAGUUUUUAGCCAUACACGUCACUAUCAGAUGAGACUCUUUCUAUAAACUAGAACAAGAUGUAUUUUAAAGUUUGUACAAAAUAUGGCUGUAAUGGUUUUUGUAAAUUUGAGAGAAAGCUGUUGCACAAGAACCAUAUAGGAGAAAAUUAGUAAAGCAAUAUUCUCCACAUGGACACAUUUAUUUAGAAUACCAGCAUAUAAAAGUUAAUUAAAUCAACUAAGAUGACUUUAUUCAUCCCCUAUGGGGAAUAUCAUUUGUAGUAUAAAUGACAGAAAAAAUAUAUUAGACCAAUAAAAAAUAAGAUAUUUUGAGAAACUUGUGAGAAAUGUGGAGGAGGAGAAGAAGAGAAAUUAUUGUGUCUAGUGACAUGCCUUGCUGAUAAUGUGAUACAGUGUUUGGAAAAUGUCUUCUAGAGACAUUUUUAGAGGGAACGUACAGCCAACAAUAGAGAGACUUCAGGUAUGCACAUCUAACUCAGUUAUGUCACUCCUGUCCAGUCUGAACAGGUUCGAAAGUCUGGAUUGCGUUCCUCCAGGCCUGUCUUAAUAAAAAACAAUUUAUGAUCAUAUUCCAGCUGUGCUCUUAUCGCUACUUCAGUUUAGCUGCUAAUUCUUAAAUACUUUUUUGAUGACAAGACAAUAAAUAGGUGUUUGGCUCCGGUCCUGCUGUACAUUUUCAUGACUCUUUAUGCAAUCCUUGGAAGAUAUUUGGAUUUUGGGAAAGUUUGUUAGCUUCCCUUGUGAUAUGUAUCGCAAUACCCGAAUCACAAUACGAUAUCAAUAGCGAUAUAUCCCAAGACUGCACCAGAGCAAUUUUUCACUAUUUUUUUUAAGAGUAUGACUUGUAAUAUUGUAACAAAAUGCUAAGCACUGCAACUGUAUCUCAUAUACAAGUUGCUUUUACCCAAGAAAAUUCACGGUGUAAUAAAUAGUUAGUUAAAUAUUUCCAUGUCAGCUUUUUUAAAUCGAUAAAUGUAAUAAUAAAUGAAGUAUCGCGAUACAACUUCCAAAUCAAUUUUUUUUGCACUCCUAAUUUUCAUGGUGAUCUCCAUCACUAAACGCUGCAUAAAACCUCAAGGAGAGGUCACUUUUACUUAACGUUGCUGCCAUAAUAAUGAAAGCAGUGCAUGCAAAGAGAAGUGGAGGGUGUUCUACCUGUACUUCUAUUAAAAACAAACAUAAGUAAGUGCAAAUGAGCACGGUGUGCUCAGAAGACAAGGAGGCACAAUUGGUUUCUAUUUCUAUGCUUUCAAUUCUUGAAAAUAUUUUCUUUGUGGAGCCUUGGUUAAAAAAAUGAACUUGUUCAUAAUCUAUUUUUGCAGAACUUUCUUGACUCUUUCACACCCAUACGUAUGGAACAAUGUGCAUUUGACUACAAAAAGAAAAUAGCUUUUUUCUCUGUGGUACUGUUUUUUUUUAAACUAUAUUGUAACUUCUUUCAUUUAUUCAAGAUAAAAUCUUAAAGCUGCGAGCUAUACAUUUUGUGUUGUUUAUGUGGAUGAAUGGCAAACAGAACGCCUGAGCCGCUGACCAAUGAAAGAAUUGUGUUGCUUUGCUGUUAAAAGGUUGUUUUUUGUGCUAAUAUAAAUUCAAAACAAAUGUGAUCUGUUUUUGCAAAACAUUUAUGCCAGAAAAAAUACUUUGAUGAAAGAAAUAUAUAUAUAAAAAACACAAAGCUGUUUUAAUUUUAACCUUUAUGGAGCAUUGAACUGUUUCUAUGCAUUUGCCAGUAGUAGUUUGACAGACUUAUUUUCUGUUUGUAAGGAAAAAUAAUGUCUGUGAGUGCUUAGACUUGCAUUGUUAUUAUAUUUCAGAAUUGCAGAAUAAAUGUAGAUUUGAACGUUUAACAGGGCCCUCCUGAAACCUCAUAUUAAUAUUUCUUCCAUUCAUCAUAUAUAUAUAUGUUUUUUGCUUCAAUUUAUGAGUUGGACAUUUUGAUAAAGGCUAAACGAUCUAAUAAUUUGUUGUUCUAUAGCUUUUCACAAAUUUUUCUUCUUUUUCUAUAUGCAUUUUUGUGAAUUUCAUGAGUCAGAUUUAAUUAUUUGUGAAGAAAUUGUGUCAUACUUGGAUAUCUGUGGAACAUUCUGUUUUUUCUUUGCAUGCGCCUGUUCAUGUUGCGACACGUUUGUAAAAUGGUGACACACCCGGAUCUUUAGAAAAGCAUGCUUUAAGGAUUUUUAUGUAUAUAAUAAACUGACAUUGUGAACAUCA